AUGGGCUCGAUAUUAACCACGUACGCUAAUUCUAAUGCAAGAUUAAACGGAAAAACGGCUGUAAUUACAGGAGGCAACGGUGGCAUUGGAAAAGUUACAGCGAAAGAUUUCUUUGAAAGAGGCGCAAGAGUUAUAAUAGCUUGCCGUAAUCUGAGUAAAGGCCAGGAGGCGGUAGAUGACAUCAAAAGCCAAUGCAAAGACAAAAAAAAUCUCGGCGAAUUGCAGAUAGUGGAACUUGAUUUAUCAAGUUUGAAGUCCGUGCGAAAGUGCGCAAAAGAAUUACUCGAUACCGAAGGUCAAAUAAAUCUUCUAAUUAACAACGCCGGUAUAAUGAUGUUACCAGAACUGACGAAGUCCGAGGACGGAUAUGAAAUGCAAUUUGCGACUAAUCAUUUAGGGCACUUUUUGCUCACGAUGCUAUUGAUGCCGAAAAUUAUGCAAAGCACUCCAGCUAGGAUCGUCAAUGUUUCUUCGUUAAUGCAUCACUUUGCAUGUUCUCUUGAUAUGGACGAUUUGAAUUUUGAAAAGUCAAAAUACGGCCCGACCGCAGCUUAUAACCGAAGUAAAUUAUCCAACGUUUUAUUUUCCAAAGAACUAGCUCGACAACUAGAAGAACAUAACGUGCAAGGGAUAAACGUCUACUCGUUACAUCCAGGUGCGAUAAAUUCGAAUCUCCAGCAACACGUGUCAGGGGUCUUCAUGGAUUUUUCGAAAAAGUUUUUUUUCAAAUCGGUCGAACAAGGCGCCCAAACGACGAUUUAUUGUGCGACGCACGAAAAUUGCGCCGACGAAACGGGACGAUACUAUGCCGAGUGCAAGCCCACCUGGUCAUCGAAGACAUCGAAUGAUCUAGAACUGGCGAAGAAUCUGUGGAAAACCAGUUUGAAAAUGUGCGGGUUACAGGAAGAUUACAAUCCAUUCGAAAGCCAUUUGUGA